AUGGCAGGUCAGACGCUAGAAGGCCUCCCCGCUGAGCUGCUCAUUCUAAUCUUGUUCGAAAUUCGCGAUCGGCAAUCUCUCCAAUCGGUCGUACUUGCAUCACCAGCAUGCCACAAAGCCUAUCUCAUGAUUCGACCUGACCUACUCUACUGCAUUCUCAAAAAUCAAUAUGAUGAGCUUCUUCUCCCAGAAGCAAUCGCUGCCAUCCGGUCCAAAGGACUAGAUAUGAAGAAUAACAGAGAAAAAGCCAUCGCUUUAUUAGACAUUCGGCGCCGCGACAAAGAGAUCAAUGCAAGUGAACCUGCCAGUUUGGAAGAGAUCAUCGAACUUUUGCACUUCCAUAAGGAGAUACAUUUCUUUCUGGACGACUAUUCACAAAAUGCACCUCGACCGGAGUGGAUAGACUCUGCUCAAUGGCCUAGAUUCCUACCGCUCGAUUUAUCUAACAGCGAAAAGUGUCGCUUCCUCAGAGCAUUGUGUCGGCUACAAACUCAUGCCUAUAUUUUUGGGAAAAGCGAAGUUAGCAUUGAGCGGUGGUAUGAUUGGCCUUCUAACGAUUGGGAAUACACUACGCUCAGACCCGAGGAUGCAUGGCGCCUAUUUUUUGGAACAAUCCUUCCUUGGGAAUACGAAGAAAUGGGAUGUGUGUGGUCAUAUUUGAUGACCAAAUACGAUCCAGUCUACAAGGAGAUAUCGGACAGCCUAAACAAUUGCGGGGUCAAUUUUUUCUGGGACCUUCCAAAAGAUCAACGUCCAAACAGUGUGGUGGUAGAAAGAGUUGAAGACCUUGAAAUUUUGCCCGACUGUACAGAUACUCUGGUUUCUAUCGGGCCAAGGUUCCUCUACCGCGUUCUGCACGCGGACGAUCUCCGGCGGCGUAAUCUGGUAAUGGCAAACGCAAACACAGAGCCGGAGACAUGGAUUGGGCCGAACUGUGGCGUAUCCUCGGACUAUAAGUUUCCUUUUCUUUACCCCGCAGAUCUGUGCAAUGUUGGCAGUUUUAACGAGUUAUGGUCUGCUUUACCAUCUCUCGAACAGCCUAAUCUGGGAUGGACAGUGAAAGCGGUAGAGAAAUUCAGAAAGGAACGGUAUUUUGAGUUCGCGAUUGUCGAGAGCCAUUGCGAUCAAGAAUGGGACUGGGGGUAUGCUAUCUGGGACGGCGAGAGGUUGAGGAAAUGGGAAGCGCCCUUACUCAAAGACGAGAAAUCAAUGUCAUAG